UGGCCAAGACUUCAACUCCCGGCAGCGAAAUGAAGGAUGGAUCGGCAGGGUCGAUGCCUCAUGGGGCGGAGUGGUCUGGCCUCACUCUCCUUUAUAUCAGUACGCUGGUCACUCUUAUCCUCCUUAGUCACUUCUUCAUAGAUAAUUCUAGCUUCUCAGCAGUCUCUCCUUUACGGUAAUUGCAUUAUAUCCAGCCAAUGCUUGGAUAAUCGUUCGUUAUUACGCUCUUUUGUUGUCUUUUUCAUACCCGAUUCUCAUAUGCUUGCUGCUUGAGCUCCAAGAGCUUGACAGCAUCAUGUUGUUCGCUCAUUUCGCUUUCCUUGUAUCAUUUCUGGUCUUUGGGAGCCUCAGCGUAGCUACACAGACUCCGCCGUGUUUGGUGUCCGCCAUGAGGUCUCAAUCGAAUUCUGAUAACCUCCAAGAUAUUUGUGCGACGAAUGUAGGCAAGGUUUGGGCUAAGAUCGUGGAGUUUUGCGGGGAUGAGAGACACUUGGUCCUGGAGCAGUUAAAAGACACCUGCUCAUAUGCAGGCUACACAAUUGCAUACCUACCAACAGCGUCGUCCGGCAUCGCAUCCCCAUCCACCGCUCUUUUCAGCCCGACCAAGCCUAGCUCCGUCAUAGCUAGUUCAACCGGCAUCUCCACUUUGAGCUCUGUCCCCGAUGCCAGCUCUAGUGCUUGUCCCAGCACUCAUCCUAACCAGACCAUUUCAUUGGGAUCGGCUGACCGUGGCGCGUCUGCUGCUGCGUUUGCGGCUGUUGUUUUUGUCGGAUUUGCGGCGACGUUAUAGAAUCAGUUAGUCCGCUUCGUAUAUUAUCUCGGACAAAGCUCUGGACCCUUGGACAUCAAUGAUGUUGAGUACAUAUUGGGCGCAGACCGCGUCACUUUAACCGCGUCUUCUCCACCGGUGUAGGCAUCCGUAGGCAGCUCUCCGAAACCCGCUGGGAGGCGGAAAGCUCAUACGUAAUAUAUCCUAGUGGGGCUUAGGUUGCAUGGGAAUCAUGAUAGUACGUAGUCGAAGGUCGGCGGAAACCAUAUCCU